AUGGUACAACAGGGGAAUUGGACUGCUAGUUGCGAGAGGAAUUCCAUUGCAGAAAUUUCCAAAAGCAAAAAUGGAGAUAUUACACACAACAUGCAAGAAGUGGCUAACACUUUAUGGGAAGAUGUUUCAUAUCCAAUUCUUACAAUCCCAUAUAAAGAUUCUUGGGCAAAUGCUUGUUUAGACGAUUUGAGUCAGGAGCUUGCUUUACGAUCGUUCACUUAUUCAGAACUUGAGCAAGUGACGGGUGGUUUCAUGGAAGUGGUUGGCAGAGGAUCAUUCGGCGCAGUGUUUAAAGGGGCAAUGUUUCAUGGCCAGAAAGUUGUAGCUGUCAAAAGAUUAGAGAAAGUGUCGGCUGAAGGAGAAAGAGAAUUUCAGACUGAGAUGAAAGUUAUUGGGAGAACGCAUCAUAGAAACCUUGUUCGUCUGCUCGGGUAUUGCCAUGACGGAAUUCAUAGGCUUUUGGUUUAUGAGUACAUGAGCAAUGGGUCACUUGCAAAUGUACUCUUCACAACAGACAAACAACUUUGUUGGAAUGAAAGAAUGGGAAUUGCUCGUAAUAUAGCAAGAGGAAUUCCUUAUCUCCAUGAAGAGAGUGAUGAGCAGCUUAUUCAUUAUGACAUAAAGCCUCUUAUUCAUUAUGACAUAAAGCCUCAGAACAUCCUCAUGGAUGCGUACAGGUGUGCAAAAAUCUCUGAUUUUGGAUUGCAAAACUCUUAA